CAUCUUUGUUUUUGGCACAUAAUGUCGUUUCCUAAUCAUUCGAUCAACUUAUCCAUUUGAUAUUGUAUUCAAAUAAGUCGGGAGUAACCGCUAUUUUUAUAGAAAAUAACUUACUAGACAUAUAUACAAAUUCUUAUUAUGGAUUUAUAGAAUAAAGAGACAGACUCUCAAAGGCCAAAUGUCUCUCCUAACAAAAACUAAAUAAAAGGCAAAUGUCUCUUAUAGCAAAAAAACAAGAGGGAGAACAAAUGUUUGUGAGACAAGAAUCAGAUUCUUAGCAUACCCAACAAUCAAUACAUAGUGUGACAAUAUUCUAAUAUAUAGGUUUGAUACAUUCGAGUAGCUGCAGGGAAUCGUUCUUUCCUUCACAUUGUAUACUUCGUAAUUUCGUCCGGUUCAAGCCACUGUUUCAUUAUGAUCCUCCAUACUAAUUCAAGCAUUCUAUAAAAGUACAUACAUGGCGGAUGCAUAUAAACGUACACACUACCUAGCUCCUAUAAUAAACUCGUUGAUUUUACAUAUAUUGGAAUGGGGUUGAAUUGGGGACCAGUCUUAAUGUCGGUGGUUCUGUUCAUCGUAUUGACGCCCGGAGUAUUGUUUCAGUUUCCGGGGAAGACCAAAGUGGUUGAGUUUGGCGGUUUUCAGACAGGCGGCGCAGCCAUUGUCAUCCACACCCUUAUCUUCUUUGCGUGCAUUACAGUCUCCCUUAUCGCUCUUCAUAUCCACAUCUACGUUGCCUAAUUAAUUUAACAUUUAAUUAUUUUGUUUCGUCCCUCUUGCGAGCUGCUUGUAUGAUGUAUCCCUUAACUUCUUGUCUUUUUGUUAUUGUUUUUGAUAAGCUUUGAUUUAUGAUUACCAUUUAAGUACUUGUUCGUACAAUGAAUCCUUUUUCUUUA